CAAAACAAGUAACGAUCGUAACCAUUAAGUUAUAAAGAUUCAUUAAUUUUCAGAACAUGCUUAAGAUUAAGCUAAGAUCAAGGACAAGAAAAACUGAAAACAAACAACCCUCAAAUGCUUCAUAUAAUGAGGGAAAACAAUCAGCAACCCAGCAAAAAUCAAACAAACAAAAAAUGGUGGAAUAUAGGCAACGUUUGAAAGAAAGCCCAGAUACAUAUCAGGCAUACCUAGCUUCUGAGGCCGAGAGAAAUAAAGCGUAUAGAGCGAAUUUAACAGAAGAAAAAAGAGCAACACAGAGAGAGCUAACACGUCUUAGAGUUAAAAGAUUUAGGGAGAAAAAAAAGACUCAGUUAACCCUAAAUGAACCGAACAAAUCCAACGACAAUGUGAAUGAUACAACACCUAAAACACCACAAACCAGACAAAAGGUAAAGGGACGAAGGGAGUAUUGGAGGAAGAAAAAGCAAGAUCAAAGACAAAACAUGACUGCUCAAAAAAAGAGAAGGAUUAAUGAAAGACGACGACAAAAGUAUGCGGAAAAAAAGGGAAUCAAAAUACUGGACGACUCAGAGAAACAGCAAUCUCUAUCAAGCGUCUCCCCAGGAUAUAUUACAAAAGAAGCGGAGAGAAAAGCAAUUUAUCGCGCUAAAAAGUCAUUACCAACGUCUCCAAACAAAUUUGCAAGCGUUCUGUCAGGUAUUGCAGCAAUGGCAACACCAAGAAAAAGAGCUGCGCUGGACAAAAAUGGUACUGUAAUGACUCCUUCCAAAAGACGACGGUUGAAAAUGUAUGAUGAAACCGUAGGAAAAAUUAUAGCUGAAGUCAAAAAUAAGAAGUAUAGAAGAUCUAAGAUUGCCUUACGUAGGAGGCGUGUUCUUGCGUCCAGUAUACUGUGGUCUAGGCAUUCAAGUUUAAGAAAACAAUACUGCAUGUCUUGGACUUUUGCUCACAAAUGUUCUACAUUAGAAGGUGUUUGGGACAACAAAAAAAGGAGUGACGCUUUAGACCAGAACACAAUUAAAGCCGUCGAGGAUUUUUUCAAACGACCGGCCAACUCUACCUAUCUUCCUGACAAAAAGCAUGUAUCAAAGAAGACUUUGGAACCCAAAAUAAUUCUUGAUAAAAGUCUACAAGAUACAUACAAGCAGUUCAGAGAGCAAAAUCAGGAAUGUAACAUUAGCUUCAGCAAAUUUUCUUCGUUGCGGCCAUCCAACGUUAAGACUAUGAACAAAAAUACAUUCAACAACUGCCUUUGCGAAUACUGUACUAAUAUUGAGUUGAAGAUUAAGGCAAUCAGUAAGGUAUUGGGAAACAGGACUGUUGUUAAAGAUCGAUAUGACAUUUCAAGACAAACUCUAUGCCCCAAGUUAGAUGGGAUGCAGUUUUGCCAGAAAAAAUGCAUUGAAAGAGAGUGUGAACAAUGUGGGACAGGUCCGCUCAAGACAUCACUUGCAAAGCUCUUGAAAAAUAAAUGCAAAUCUCUAGAAUGGCAUAAAUGGGAAAAUCAAACUUUUACAGAUAAAGAUAAGAAGAAAACCCGCAAAAUGUUAAAAUUGAGAAAAGAUCACGUGGAUGUAUUCAUCAGAGAGUUGAUGUCAGAAAUUGAACCUUUUAGUGGGCAUAUUCACAACGCUGCGUGGCAACAUGAGCAGUUUUCCAAAGUUAUCAGAAAUAUUCCGGACAAAUGGGUAAUUUUCUGCAUGGACUUUGCCGAAAACUACACUUGCCUCUACCAGGAUGAAGCACAGAGUGCCCACUGGAGCCAUAACACGGUGACGCUCUUCUCAAUUGUAGCGUAUUACUACUGUCCAUCUUGCCAAAAUCCGAUGAACGAAAGUAUGAUGUUUAUCACAGAAGACAAGAAACAUGACAGCCACGCUGUCCACCACUUUGUUGGUUUAGCAAACACCUACUUGAAAGAUAAAGGCAUAGGAAUAAACAGAGAAAUUCAUUUUUCAGACGGAGCGCCAGGCCAAUUUAAAUCAAAAACUCCAUUUGCAGACGUCAGCAAGAGCAAUGAGGACUACGGCUUCCCUGUCGAGAAACACUUUUUUGGGACACGACAUGGCAAGGGGCCAUGUGAUGGUGAAUUCGGCGUAGUUAAACGAUCAGUCUCCAACUCAAUUUUAGCCCGAUCAAGUAUAGUCAGUGAUGCCGAGGAUUUCUACAAGUAUGCAAGUGAUGAAUUAUCAAUACAAAAGGGUGAAGAAGACGAUUGUUGUCAUAAGAUACGUUCUUUUUUCCUCGUCGACAAAACGGAUGUCAUACGAAAAAGACAGGAUAGGAUUGAAGUCAAAGCAGUGCCUGAUACAAGAAAAAAACAUGCAAUCAAACCUGUUGCAAAUGGAAAUCUUGUAACUCGGCUAUUGAGCUGUUUCUGUGAUGGAUGUGUAACACAGAAUGGUGAAUGUAUGAAUAAGGAACAUGUUGAUAGCUGGGAAGGUAUAAACAAGCAAAAAAAAACAGCAAAGCCAAAAUCAGCACAGUCGAAUAAAAGCCGUCGUAAAGUCAUCAGCAAUGGGAAUCAAAACAAUGCAAAACCAGCUAUAAAAAGGAAAAAACAAAAUAAAAAAUCCAGACCAAGAGGGAAGCGUGAUGUCGCCCAAAACAGAGACAAAUCAAUUUGCCAAAAAACAAUAGAUACAACUUUGAAUGUUAACAUGAACGGAAAAGCGGAAGAAAUACAUGAAUUACCUAGCAUCAAUACUGCAGAUUUGCCUUGCGACCGUAGAGGCUUUUACCGCGUCGUUUUACUGUAUCUCCAAUCAGCAAGAUCAUUCAAUGAAUUACAGGCGAAAUGUAUAGAAAUAAAUGAACUUCCUAACUUCAAAGGAUACACACUAUUUGUGGACAAAAACAUUGAUAUGGUCACCUAUAACCUUACUGCUGACGGACAAGCAUUGGACUUAAUUCCAAAAGAUGCUUUACAUCCUGAUUUCACUUCUUGGUUGCCAGUUCAAGUAAUCGGAGAUGGAAACUGUUUACCCAGAUCUGCCAGUGUAGCCUGCUUUGGUACAGAAACUGACCACCAGGAAAUAAGAGCCCGUAUCGUAAUUGAAAUGUGUCUUCAUGUGGAAAAGUACACAUCCAAUGAGUAUCUGAACAGAGGAAUUGACCUCCCAAAAAAAGAAGCUGAAAAUCUUCGGAAAUCAUAUACAAUGUUUUCCGAACAAUAUACUGCUGGUGACAAAAUAACAAAUGCAGUUAUUAAUAGAGUAUACCAAGCCGAAGCCUUGGAGGCCGUGAAAAGUGGAAAUUUUAUGGGAAUAUGGCAGUUGUUUGCACUCUCAUCCUGUUUAAACUCUGUUAUUGAUUCCAUAUAUCCAAAGAUGGGAUAUUGUUUACCAAAAUUAACUCUACAUAGAGAAAUAUUGCCGAGAGCCAAUAUAGUCCAAAUGGAUAACCAGGCAAAAUUUGUCGUGAUGUGGAGUUCUACAAGGACUGAUAUGACAAGGGAAAAUUGGAUUCCAAACCACUUCGUUCCAUUGAUUCCACCAUACCAAAGUAACAUCGACUUCUUAGAUGAUCAUGAUGAAAAUGAUGGUUUUGCCAUUGAUGAUAGCGUUAUGAUCACAUUGUUACAGACAGUUACUGGUGUUACGUUUGACGAUGACCACUACACAACUGAUGAACUGGCAGUUGAAACAAGUAUAGGUGAAAAACUUACUGUUGAUGUCGAUAGACCAUGGGAUGAUGAUCAGUCAUUGGACGCUGGUACCAAAACUGAGACAGCACAUCCUUCAAAUGUUUCAUCAGAGACAAGUGGUGAUCAGCCAAAGGUAGUUGUUUUCACGACUAGGGCAGAACAACUAUCGGAGGUUUCAACCCUGAACUACGAUCAGACUAAGGUAGAUGAUUCCAUAAAUGAGACAGAACAACCUUCGGAGGUUUCAGCUUUGAAAUACGACCAGACUAAGGUAGAUGGUUCCACAAAUAAGACAGAACAACCUUCAGAGGUUUCAGCCCUAAAAUACGACCAGAAUAAGGUAAAUAGUUCAACAAAUGAGACAGAACAACCAUCGAAGGUUUCAGCUCUGAACUACGACCAGACUAAGGUAGAUGGUGCCACAAAUGAGACAGAACAACCAUCGGAGGUUUCAGCCCUGAACUACGACCAGAAUAAGGUAGAUGGUUCCACAAAUAAGACAGAACAACCUUCGGAGGUUUCAGCCCUGAAAAACGACCAGACUAAGGUAAAUGGUUUAACAAAUGAGACAGAUCAACCAUCGAAGGUUUCAGCCCUGAACUUCGACCAGACUAAGGUAGAUGGUUCCAUAAAUGAGACAGAACAACCUUCGGAGGUUUCAGCCCUGAACUACGACCAGACUAAGGUAGAUGGUUCCACAAAUGAGACAGAACAACCUUCAGAGGUUUCAGCCCUAAAAUACGACCAGACUAAGGUAAAUAGUUCAACAAAUGAGACAGAACAACCAUCGAAGGUUUCAGCUCUGAACUACGACCAGACUAAGGUAGAUGGUGCCACAAAUGAGACAGAACAACCUUCGGAGGUUUCAGCCCUGAACUACAACCAGACUAAGGUAGAUGGUUCCACAAAUGAGACAGAACAGCCAUCGGAGGUUUCAGCCCUGAACUACGACCAGACUAAGGUAGAUGGUUCCACAAAUGAGACAGAACAAUCUUUGGAGGUUUCAACCCCGAGUGACGACCAGCUGAUGGUUGAUAAUUCCACAACUGAUGACGAACAACCAUAUGAGGUUUCAGCCCUGGACGACGAUCAGCAUAUGGCAGAUGGUUCCUUAACACAGACAACAAGAGAUUCAGAACAGAUUGAAGAUAAGGAAAAAGCGGAUGUUGCAUUGCACUUAGAUGUAGAUGAGACAGAAAAAGUUUCUUGUAAUGGACCAAUCAGGUUAUUGACUGGCCAUGGGUUAAAUUUUACUCCAACCAGAAAAGAUCAAAUGAGUGGUGGAUAGAGAGUGAAAAGCAACAUAUAAUCAUCUUCGAGGAUAUUCUUCAAACUUUAGACACCCCAACCAUACAAAGGAAAGGACGUCGCACCUAUUACAGUUUCAAAGAUCUUACACCCGGUGGUUUAUCUCGACGGUGACUGAUGACAUCCUUCGACAAUCAAAAACAGAAGCUGAACUAUUGCCUUUUCAAAUAAAGAUAAUCUUAAACAUGAUGUUAACUUCGUCAAAUGGAAUUUAAUGCAUAUAUUAAUUUUUUAUUGUUCCUGAAUUCCUGUGCAUUUUGUUUGUAUAAAACAAUUUGAACAUUGUUGAAAAAAAUGGAUAAUGGUAACGAUUGUUACAUGGUGUCCAAACUAUUUUCAGUUUUAGUUUUCAUGUAUUUGCUAAUAUUGGUUAUGUAUUAGAUGCUUUUAUUACUUUAUGGUGUAAUCCUCAGAGUUUCGUCAAAGCAGAAUAAGACACCAAUGGUGUAUGAUGUCAAAAUGUAUACUUAUUGGUUGGACGCCAAAUGUAACCUUCGAACUUUGUGUCUCUUGUAACAUACGUUACACUUUACAGAAAAUUAGAUGUUUUAUUCACUUGCAUAUGUUUACUAACAAUUCAACUGUUGAAUUAUAAUAAAUCGAAUAUAUUUUUUCCAACAUAUGCAAUUUAAAACCAAGUUAAAUCAAUGUUUAAACGGAUAAAAAGAAAUUUAUUGAUGAUAUUUCGAAAUUUCUCAGUAGGCAUUGCCGAUUGCAUGAAAAUUUGCUUAAAUGAUAAAAAACAUCCAAAACUUUCAAUAAUAUAGGCAAGUGAAAUAAUAAUCUGAAGAAUUUUAAUGAGAAUUGAAUGUAAAAUAGAAAUUAAAUAGUUUAAUCAUGUAUUUGUUGGACACCAGGUAACAAGCGUUACCUCUCAUGGUGACUAUAAUUAUUCGGAAAAAAAUAUUAUAUGGUGACUAAAAACUAUCUUUUAACACAUUGAAUCAUCAAGUAGACACAUAAAACUACAAAAUAACAUUGCCAAAUAUAAUUUUCAAGAUUGUUUGAA